GCCAACCGGAAGUAGCCGGGCCCUUGACGAAAGGACCGGGCAGAGCGGAAGUCACUCCGUGAGGCAGUGGCGACAGCGGCGGCGAGAGGAUGAACAACAAGUUCGACGCCUUAAAAGAUGAUGACAGUGGAGACCAUGAUCAGAAUGAAGAAAACAGCACACAGAAAGAUGGUGAGAAGGAAAAAACGGAACGAGACAAGAGCCAGAGCAGUGGCAAGAGGAAGGCUGUUGUCCCUGGACCAGCAGAACAUCCCCUGCAGUACAACUACACCUUUUGGUACUCGAGGAGAACCCCCGGCCGUCCCACCAGCUCACAGAGCUACGAGCAGAACAUCAAGCAGAUUGGCACCUUUGCCUCUGUGGAGCAGUUCUGGAAGUUUUACAGCCACAUGGUACGUCCUGGGGACCUGACAGGCCACAGUGACUUCCAUCUCUUCAAAGAAGGAAUUAAACCUAUGUGGGAGGAUGAUGCAAAUAAAAACGGUGGCAAGUGGAUCAUUCGACUUCGGAAGGGCUUAGCGUCCCGCUGCUGGGAGAAUCUCAUCCUGGCCAUGUUGGGGGAGCAGUUCAUGGUUGGGGAGGAGAUCUGCGGGGCUGUGGUCUCUGUCCGCUUUCAGGAGGACAUUAUUUCUAUAUGGAAUAAGACUGCCAGUGACCAAGCAACCACAGCCCGAAUCCGGGAUACUCUUCGGCGCGUGCUUAACCUACCUCCCAACACCAUUAUGGAGUACAAAACUCACACCGACAGCAUCAAGGCCUGGGAGGAGUUUCAUGGCCUGGUGAACAGCAGCGGCCGCUGAUCGGACGCUCCCCCUCUGUCUCUCACACUCAGGGGACAAUUCAAGCUUUCGAAAUACAAAAAUCACAUUGUGAAAGUGCACAAGCUGGCAAUAAUCCUUUUCUGUUUGUGUGUUUGUCUGAAAUGGAUGCGAGGCUCAGGCAGUCCUUCUGUCUGCUCACUGAAGGGGUGUACCUGAGCCAUGUGCUCCCCUUCUGCACUCGUUCCUGGAAGACGGACUCUGCUAGACACCUUCCAGCACUGCUGACUUUAUAAAGCAGGAAACCUGGGGAAGCUGACUUUGUAAUAGACAGACACUCUAAUGGGUUCUGGGCAGGAGUGCAGCUGUUUCCUUGUUGUGUGCUAUCCAGAUGCCUCUUGGCAUCCUGCUGUGCUCUCCUGCUGUGCAAAGGACUUGAUUACCGACCACACGUAUGUGCCCCGUGCUGGGUCCGAGCUGAGCGUUAUCAGUAUUAUGAAUGCUUGCACAUCCAGGAACAGCCUCUGCUUAGAGUUGAAGAGAACCGAAUGCCUCUUCCAGCUCUGCUGUUAAGUUAUUGUGUGUUCCUCCCCCCCAAGCCCACCACUCUGAACAUGUUAGGAUGUGAUGACAGCCUAGGAUUCUGUGUCCUUUGCGCCUUACACCUCCAGUUCCCUCCAGUGGGACUCUCCUUCUUAAGCACUGCAGCACUUAAAUCGUGAUCCUGGGCAGCACUGGUUUUGCUGGUAAAACCUAAGGUAUCGCCCUGUAAGAGAAGCUGGAGGAGAGUGCAGUUCAGUCAGAAGCUAGAUUAUAGUGAAGAUCCCUCAUGUGGGGUUAGAGCUGAGGGCAGUGACUGAAACCAGCCGCAUAUGAGUGGGACUUAUGUGCUAAGCAUGGUCUGUGGGGCUUGCAUGUCCCUCAUGGAGGAGGAGUGACAGCUGGUUAGUGCCACAUUAACACUCUGUGUAGAUCCUACAGUGCUGAAACAGACAUCUGGAGAAAUGGCAGCCUUGCUGGAUGGUUUAUUUGAUGGCUGUGUCUGUCUGCUGUGGUUGGAAAAGACUUUUGGUCCUCGUUGCCUGGAUGUAAACAGAUUGUCCAGAUUCCUGAUGCUCAGAAGGCUCCUGCAGGCAUGUCCUCAUCAGAGAAGCUGGGUGAUCUGACUCUGGGAGCCUGAGGCCAGAGAGUUCAGAAGAGCACCCAAGAUCAAGGAAGAAAUGGGCAGCUACAGCAGCUUCAAGUAGCUCUGUGUACUGGGCGCUUGUGAGCCGAGAUGGCAGUACCUUAAAUUAAGGCCUCUCUUUAAAGCAUGUCCCUGAAGCCUCGGGUCCUCAGCCAUGGGUCUCAGGACUUCGGAAUUUAACAGCAUCUCCUUGAAUCCAUGAUACUCUCUUCCAGCUUUCCAGCUCCUGAGCCCCCCUCGAGUCACUGCUGUCUGGGGGUGCCUUUUCCUGAGAGAGAGAGUGCAGGGCCCCAGAGGGGAGGUCUUUCCUGUGGGUGAAGCCAUCUGAGAACGAUGUCCAGCAGCGAUUGAAACUCCAGGAAUCUGAAGAAUGCCUUCUGGGGUAGUUGUGAAGGGCUCAGGCAAAACCCGAGCGUCAUUGGCUGCCGAGGAGGCAAAGGCUGCCUCUGGAGGCUUGACCAAGGCAGGGCCUCACGUUUGCCUACGCUCAGGCCACCUCAAAAAUCCCAAAGAGCAGACAUUUGGACUUGCCUUCCUUUGGGCAUCUCUCUGGUUCUCGUGUGUGUGUGUGUGUGUGUGUGUGUGUGUGUGUGUGUGUGUGUGUGUAAGGCCUGUGUCAGGCCUAGUGGUUAGAUGUUUUGUUUUGCCUUUUUUUUAACUCAUUUGUUCAAAUAUUUGAAUCUCCUGUUUUCUAGAGCUGCUCGUGGUUUCCCAUCUUGGUCAGUACAGUAUUUGACAGUUGGGUUUUUCCUCCCCUCCGAAGUGUGCUGGCCCUGCUCCCAUUAGAGUGAGGGGUUCUCACGGUCAGGCAGCAUCUCCACCCCAGUGUUCUUCAGGUGCUCUGCCUAACAGCUAGAAGGAGAAAUUGAGUGGUGGGUUUACCCAAGCCACCCAUUCUUUGUAAACUGGCUGGAGAAGUCUCUCCAUUUAUUUGACUCCAUGGGACUCUGGUAGGCUGAGAUACCACAUGGUUGUGGUUACGGUAUCAUCAGUUCUCAAAACAGGUAGAGGUCCCCAGAGCCAGUGUGACCAGCAUGAUAGUUGCUGCUAGGGAAGGGAGAGUCGUGUUCAGGCUGUUCUCCCUUCUGCCUUCUUGGCCCCACUCCUCUCAAAGAGCCUUUCCCUUCGUCCUUUUGUUCAUGUGUCUGUAUUUCCCUGUGACACUGGCAGUGGCAAUACUUCAUCCAGGGAAAAGCUUGUCAGUGCUCCAAGAAUGAAUUUCCAAGUAUCUGCUGGAGGGGACGGAGCAGGGCUGUGUCAGACGAUGUAGUGUUGCACUUUGAGAGGAUUGUCUACUGCAGUAAUAAAUGGAAAGGAUCAGCAAGA